AUGAUCUCCAGAGAUCACGCAGAUAUCAUUGGUGUGAAAGGAGCAAGCGGUCGUAUUGAAAAAUAUCACAUCAAUGAUCGUUCACUCAAUGGAACAUAUAUCAACGAUCAAAGGGUGAACAGCACCAUGCAGAUCAUGGAAGGCGAUGUAAUCAAGUUUGGUCACAUGAACGGCGCUGCGGUUCGACCAGGGCAAACUGCUCCUCAAGCUAACGCAGAGUUUGCCUUUAUGGUGGAGCGAGCAAAUCCUAGCUACGACUAUAUAGGAUUUGUCGAUGGACGACGAGUACGGCCUGUAACUUGUUCUGGCGAUACAGAGUAUUGUACUGAAAUCGAAGGACGUACCAUUGAACAUGGAGACUUAGCCCGACCCACAGUCAUGCAGUCGACAAAAGCACCUCCUUUGCAGAACGCGUCUCAGAAUUUGUCUGCCCCUAGCACUACUGCUAAUGUUUCGUCAACAGCUGGAGCGAAUCCUAUGGCUGGGCUCAUGUGGCCUGGUACCCUUGGUUACAAUCAGCCAUUGUCGGGUUUCCCAUACAGCGGCUUCCCCAUGAAUCCCGCUUAUCUACAGCCAUCUCAGUGGGCACAACAUCUGCAAGUUCUUCAACAACAAGCGCAACAGUCUGGAUUCCGUGUUCCCGAUGUUUUUGGAGCUACGGCAUGUAUGGGCUCGUCGAAUGGCCCUCCGUCUACAUCAGCUUCUCUUUUCCCACUUGCGCAGCGAGGUUUUCCUCUUCAGAAUAACCCUCUCGUAAACUCUCUUUUGAACACAGCGGCUACACCUCCGACAAAUCAGCAGCCAAAUCAACAGCAGAUCCAACACCAGCAACAUGUGGCGCAACAGGUAGGCAACUCAGUUGUUACUUUAGUACGAUUUUUGCAGCCCAUGGUAUGUCACAAUUCAGAAUGA